CUUUUAUUUUGAAGUUGUUUUCGAUGACCGGAGAAGUUUGCAAUCCUGAUUGUUUUCAUUGCGUUCAAAGGGCAAUUUGCUAUUUAUUUGACAGAAAUCCGACUGAACCCUGAGAAAUGGCAAACCCGUUCCGAGCAGAAGUAAAGCAGCUCUACAAAGCCUUGCUGUUUCUUGGACGGGAGUAUCCGAAAGGAGCAGACUACUUCAGGGAAAGACUGAGGGCUGCGUUUGCCAAAAAUAAAGAUAUGCGAGACCCUGACAAGAUCAAACAGCUCAUCAGCCGAGGAGAAUUUGUGGUGAAAGAGCUGGAAGCGCUGUAUUACCUCCGCAAGUACAGAGCCUUGAAGAAACGCUAUUAUGAAGCAGAGUGAAUCUGUCUUAAAGAGACAAACAGUGCAAACAUGAACAUUCUGUCAUUUACUCAAUCUUAACCAGUUCCAAACCAGUUCUGUUGAAUACAAGAUACUUUAAAGAAUGUUGGAAACCUGUAGCCAUUGACUUCCAUUGUCGGGAAAGCACAUAUUCUAGAAGUCAGUGGUUACAGGUUUCAAACUUCUUUUGUGUUCAACAGAACAAAAAAUUCAAAGUGGUUUGGAGCAAGUCAGGGGUCAGGAAGGUAUCAAGUUGUCAUCAGAAAAUGGAGGUUUGAAAUUCUAAAUGUUUCACUUGAUUACACGAAAACAUUUAACAACAAAAUCAGGCAAAACAUGUAGGGAUUUUUUUUAUUUCAAAGUCAAAACAAAUGCAAGUUGCACUAUUGCUAUCAGUGCUUGUGGCCACUGCUAUGAUAGCGUCUGUCUGUUUUCAAAGGAAAUAUAUUCAUAAUGGUUUACUUGGCAGUGGUUUACGCUGGUAAAUGGGACGAUAUGACAUUUAAAAAGCGCUAGAUAACACUUAAAUUAAGACUGUUUAAAAGACAAACACGACCAACUGUGAGGUAGAUAUUGAGUCUUGAAACUGAACGCUCAAGAAAAACCACCGGACUCAGAUACAUCUGCUCUGCAGAUCGGACAAGUGGCGUUUUCCUGGAAGAGAAGAUGAAUAAGAUUAGUCAAAUGUACUGAAGCUUUGAAACCUUUAUGAAGCUUUUGUUUUGGAUUAGUGGUUCAGAGCAGUUUUCAAAUCUGUAAGGUCAUGUGAUUUCAGUAAACAGCUUUUCUUAUGUCAUUACAAGGACUGCAUGAUACUGGGAACAUGAUAUGCACUGUCGUUGAGUGUUGCGAUAGUAAUAUAACUCAUUUGAAUACACUUUUUAUUAGCAAUUAAACUUCUGUAACGAUCAUACUAAAAUAAACAGGUAAUAUGUUUUUGAUCUAAA